AUGGAUUCACACGCUACAACGAAGCCAACCACGCCCAACACAAAACAACCACGCCCAACACAAAACAACCACGCCCAACACAAAACAACCACGCCCAACACAAAACAACCACGCCCAACACAAAACAACCUCGCCCAACACAAACCAACCACGCCCAACACAAAACAACCACGCCCAACACAAAACAACCACGCCCAACACAAAACAACCACGCCCAACACAAAACAACCACGCCCAACACAAAACAACCUCGCCCAACACAAACCAACCACGCCCAACACAAAACAACCACGACCAACACAAAACAACCACGCCCAACACAAAACAACCACGCCCAACACAAAACAACCACGCCCAACACAAAACAACCACGCCCAACACAAAACAACCACGCCCAACACAAACCAACCACGACCAACACAAAACAACCACGCCCAACACAAAACAACCACGCCCAACACAAAACAACCACGCCCAACACAAAACAACCACGCCCAACACAAAACAACCACGCCCAACACAAAACAACCACGACCAACACAAAACAACCACGCCCAACACAAAACAACCACGCCCAACACAAAACAACCACGCCCAACACAAAACAACCACGCCCAACACAAAACAACCACGACCAACACAAAACAACCACGCCCAACACAAAACAACCACGCCCAACAGAAGCCAACCACGCCCAACACAAAACAACCACGCCCAACACAAAACAACCACGACCAACACAAAACAACCACGCCCAACACAAAACAACCACGCCCAACACAAACCAACCUCGCCGAACACAAAACAACCACGCCCAACACAAAACAACCACGCCCAACACAAAACAACCACGCCCAACACAAAACAACCACGCCCAACACAAAACAACCACGCCCAACAGAAGCCAACCACGGCCAACAGAAGCCAACCACGGCCAACACAAAACAACCACGCCCAACACAAAACAACCACGACCAACACAAAACAACCACGCCCAACACAAAACAACCACGACCAACACAAAACAACCACGCCCAACACAAAACAACCACACCCAACAGAAGCCAACCACGCCCAACACAAAACAACCACGCCCAACACAAAACAACCACGCCCAACACAAAACAACCACGCCCAACACAAAACAACCACGCCCAACACAAAACAACCUCGCCCAACACAAACCAACCUCGCCGAACACAAAACAACCACGCCCAACACAAAACAACCACGCCCAACACAAAACAACCUCGCCCAACACAAAACAACCACGCCCAACACAAAACAACCACGCCCAACACAAAACAACCUCGCCCAACACAAAACAACCACGCCCAACACAAAACAACCACGCCCAACACAAAACAACCUCGCCCUACACAAACCAACCUCGCCCAACACAAACCAACCACGCCCAACACAAAACAACCACGCCCAACACAAAACAACCACGCCCAACACAAAACAACCACGCCCAACACAAACCAACCUCGCCCUACACACACCAACCACGCCCAACACAAACCAACCACGCCCUACACAAACCAACCUCGCCCUACACAAACCAACCACGCCCAACACAAACCAACCUCGCCCUACACAAACCAACCUCGCCCUACACACACCAACCACGCCCAACACAAACCAACCACGCCCAACACAAACCAACCUCGCCCAACACAAACCAACCACGCCCAACACAAACCAACCACGCCCAACACAAACCAACCUCGCCCAACACAAACCAACCACACCCAACACAAACCAACCACGCCCAACACAAACCAACCACGCCCAACACAAACCAACCACACCCAACACAAACCAACCACACCCAACACAAACCAACCACACCCAACACAAGAGUAA